AUGUCUCUGACAGUGUCUCGGGGGGAAAGUUUGACAGUCAUCACCGUCACCUCAAACCCAAAGAGCAAAUGGCCCGUACUGUGUCAGAUUCUGGGUUUUCUCUGCUGUAGUCCAGUGUCUCCUGCAUCCUAUGAAAUGAAAGGGAAGUUGAUGCAUGUUCACACAGCUCUUGGGUACCUAAUAGUUGGAAUUUUGUGUGUUCUUCAUGCUAAAUUUCCUAGUACUUGUCUGCUGGUCAUCACAGUGAUUCUGAAUUUAGUCAGUGCUACACUGGCUAUCGCAGCUGUAGUGCUGUAUUCAAUUGACCUGAAUAGUAUUGCAACUCUAUACUGCAACUCCUACAGUUAUUCACAGACUGGUUACAGUGAUUUGCCUUUCACAACAAAGGAACAAAACACCAAAAUGUGUUUAGAUAGUAUGAUCCGCCAAGGACUAAAUAUCAUAAUGAUAGCACUGUUGGUCCUUCAGCUCUGUAUGACGAUCAUUUUCUAUGUUUUGACUGGAAAAGUGUGCAAGAAGGAUGAAGAUGUAAAGGUAGUGUAUCAUCAGCACUAUUACAACAAUCACUCAGUCAAAUCCACUGUGAUCAUGAGAGAGUUUCAGAGAGCUGCUCUGUGUGUUCAUGAUUGUUUGUGGUUUUGCAGUCGGUGGAAGAUCCAGAACUUCACAAGCCGCUGCAUGAAGAUGCCACUGCUGGUGCUGCAUGAAAAAAAAAAAAAAAAAUCUAUUAUGCAGAUAAUGCCGCAAGAACCAGCAACUGACUACAGAUCUUCCUCAUACUUUCCUCCCAUACAUUGUGUACACGCAUUUUCAUCAUUCAUUUUCACUACACACCCUUAAUAAAUCCUGACAGUAGUUUUUAAUGCCAAAAGAGAGAUUUAGCAUAAGCUGUUAGGAGUUUGUUACUUUUUUUUUUUUUUUUUUUUUUACUGUGAAACAAAAGUUAAAUGUGUUCAGAAAAGUAAGCAUAGUUUUAUUGACAAUGACAAAUUAUAUACCAAGUAUGAAACAUGUCCAGAGUUUUCUUGUUAUUAGAUUUUUAAUAAAAAAUUAAUUUGUACCAGUUGGGAAUUUUACCCCAUAGCCGUCCACCCUGGGGGCGUUUUACCCCACCUGGCUAGGGGUGUUUUACCCACAGACUUAAAUAACACAUGCUCCAUAUCUACAGGCCCUACUGUUCUAAUAUAUAACCGUGAUGUUCUACAAAACAAGCUUUAAAACACUUUUUUUUUCUUACUGCUGAAAGUUAGAUCAUUCACUGUGAAAUUAGUUUUCUUUCAGAUACAUCACCAGUGUAAGAUUCAUGGUGAAUAUUUCUGCAUCACUCUUGUCAAUGUAGUCUUUGGCUACAAUAAAAAUGUAUCUUGA